GCAAAAUACGCCCACACCACACAUUUCCAGAUUCUUUGAAAGAACGAAUGGUUCUCAGGUUGCCACCUCACUAGCAUUUGUUUCCUUUCCUUUUCUCUGUUUCCAUUAUUUUCCAUCGAUCAAACAUAUCACAAUUCUUUGCCUUGAUUGGCCUUUGAUUCGUCGGAGUUAGAGUUAGGAGGUAUAGAAGAGAAGAUGGCUCAGUUGCUUUCCCCAGUUCGUGCCGAUUCCAUCAAACUCCAGAGUCAUGUACCCAACUCACUAACUGGGAGCAAGCGGCCUACUUUGGAUAGUACUAAAAGUAGAAGUGUGAGGUCUCAUGGCGGAUCGAGGUGGAGAGGCUUUGGCAGCAUCAGAGUUGCUUACCAAGACCCUGCAGCAGCUGAAGAUCUCGCUGAUGAUUACUACGCUGUUUUAGGCCUGCUUCCAGAUGCUACAACUGAAGAAAUAAAGAAAGCAUAUUAUAAUUGCAUGAAAGCUUGCCAUCCAGACUUGACGGGUGAUGAUGCUGAUACCACAAACUUCUGCAUGUUUGUCAAUGAAGUUUAUGAGGUUCUAAGUGAUCCUGCACAAAGGCUAGUGUAUGAUGAGAUUCAUGGUUAUGCUGCGACAGCUAUUAAUCCUUUCUUGGAUGAAUCUUCCUCAAAAGAUCAUGUUUUUGUUGAUGAAUUUAGCUGCAUAGGUUGCAAAAACUGUGCCAAUGUGUGUUCAACGGUGUUUGGUAUUGAGGAAGACUUUGGAAGAGCUAGAGUUUAUAAUCAAUCUGGAAGUCGGGAACAAAUUCAACAAGCUAUUGAUAGUUGCCCAGUUGAUUGUAUCCACUGGACUUCAGCUGCACAACUAUCUUUGCUUGAAGAUGAAAUGCGAAGAGUGGAAAGAGUAAACGUAGCCUUGAUGCUUUCGGGAAUGGGCUCGGCAUCAAUUGAUGUUUUCAGAAUGGCAAGCACUCGAUGGGAAAAGAGACAACUAAAAGUCUUGGAAAAAGCUAAAUAUAGGAUGGUGAGGCAGAAAGAAUAUGAUAAAACAGAUCCAUACUGGAGCUACAUUUGGGGAAAGCCCAUGACCAAUGAAAACACAGAGGAAGCAGACAAACGAGUGAAUCGAGCUGCUGCUGCUGCCCGAAGAUGGAGAGAGUAUUCUCGGAGAGGUGGUGUUGACAAACCUCCCACCUUUAAUCUUCCAGAGGUGUCUUCCAAGGAUAGCUGAAGUAUAUAUUGCCCAACUCACUCCCCUGUUAUAUACAUAUAUGUACAAUGUACUGGUAGUAGUUCAUGUGUGUAUAUAACAUUAACAAGUUUUUAUGACUUUCAUGGUGCAUAUAUCCUUUAUACACCAUGCGCUGUUCAAAAUGUUAGCUUAGGUUAUUAUAAAUAAUAAAGAAGCUUAGUAAAUUGAGUUGCAUGUUGGUAUUCUGUCACCUCAUUUCAUUGGUUAUUACUUAAAGAACUAUGCCGGCUUAUUCAUUUGAUCAUUUCCUUUUCAAAUAAGCCGUGUUUGAUUCACAUGC